AUGCCGGUCGACAGGAGAAAGGUUUGGGUAUUUGGGAGUGCUUUUCUUCUGCGACUCCUCCUCAUUGUCUUUUUCCCCGGCCUCCCCGAUCUUCUUACAGGUCGGGUUGAAGUUUCAACUCCAGUGAGCAGCUUCAAGAGGUUACAAGAAGGCCUUUUUCUAUAUAAACGCAAUGUCUCCCCUUAUGAUGGCGGUGUUUUUCACCAGCUUAUGACUGGACUCGUGUAUAUUGUUCUCGAUCUUCUGAAUGCCAAUGCUUUAGGACGUAUUGCCAAUUCAGACGAAGCUGUUGCUCCGAGGUUGUACACCUCUCCAAGGAGGCAUAUAAGAUGGGAUGGGACGGCAAUUGCUGCUGGAUAUCUGUUUAAUCCAUUCACGAUCGCGUCCUGCCUCGGUCGCUCCACGAACGCGUUUACUAACUCCGCGAUUAUUUCUUCUAUCUCUAACGCCAUCGCCGGCAAUAGCUUCAACUCGAUGCUGGCUUUGGGAUUGGCUUCCUACAUGUCACUCUACCCGGCACUCCUCUUCUCACCAAUGGCCCUACUUUGCUACGAUCGAUACGUCAGGAAUGGAAAGGCCACUAAAGGGGCUAUUUCAUAUUCGCUAGAACGACUCUCGAUCCUUGGCGGAAGUAUCGGAGUCCUCUUAUACAUUUCGUAUCUUAUCGUCGGCCAGUCGUGGGAAUUUAUACCUGCAACAUACGGCGUGCAACUUCUGGUUCCAGAUCUCACCCCUAAUGCUGGGCUCUGGUGGUAUUUCCUUAUCGAAAUCUUCGACCCUUUCAGGGAAUUUUUCCUAGGAGUGUUCUGGUUGCAUUUGUCUGCAUACGUCGGUGGUUUGACUGUUCGCAUCCGGCGCCAACCAUUAUUCGUCAUCACUACUCUUUUCGGAAUUUUCGCUAUCUUUAAACCCUAUCCCAGCAUCUCGGACGUUUCGAUCUAUUUUGCGUUCCUGCCGCUCUACCGACACAUAUUUCCUCUUAUGCGAUAUACGUUUUUCGCGGUUUCCGCCCUGUUGUAUGCAAGCCUCUUGGGUCCAAUAUUUCACCAUCUUUGGAUCUACGCGGGGUCGGGGAACGCAAAUUUUUUCUAUGCGAUAACACUUGUAUGGAGCCUGGGGCUUUCGAUCGUCGUGGCCGAUUCCCUCUUCGCGGUAUUGAGAGAUGAAUGGGAGCAAGAGAGGCCCGAGAUGAGAGGAAAGGACGCGAGGCAGAUUUAG